GAAAAUACAAAGUUGCAAUGGUGGACGUUUUAGUUUAGAAGAGAUGAAGACGGGCCAAGCUGAAUCUGGGAGAUGUGGGAUCAGCUGCCGGAGCUGAUAUUAAUACAAAUAUUCAGUCAUCUUGAUCGUGGGGAUCGUGCCAGUAUUUCUCAAGUUUGUCGAUCAUGGAAUUUAGCGCUCUCUUCGCCUGUUCUAUGGCGUUCGGUCACAGUCCUAAUUGAUCGUGAUCUUAGAGGAAAUUUCCCUUUGGCGGGAGAAUUGGCUGUUAAAUAUGGACAACACAUGAGAAGUUUAGAACUUGCUUGGUCAAGAUCAUACAUUUUACCACGAGAAACACGAGCUGCUCGUAAUAUUCAGGCAGAAGCAGGCGCAGACUUUCUUGCGGUUGUACGAGCCAAGAAUGUACAAUUGAAAGAACUUAUAUUAACUAAUUGGGUUUUCAGUUAUAAAUGGGGAGAUAGGGGCAAACUUUUAUAUGCUCUUGCAAAUUUUCUCGGGUGCCAAUAUAAUCUUGAAACUUUGAGUUUACUAAAUGCUAAUUUUGGUGUAAGCGAUGUUUUGCGUCUGUUAGGAACUGCUGCAAGAGGAUGCAGUGAGAGAUUAGCAUCUUUGGAUCUUCGUGGUGCAUUUAGACAAUGGCAAACUCCUCAUAGUAAUCCUAGAUAUUUACGUCUAUUAGGUCGUCUUCAUGCAUUAACUCUAUUGAAACUGGAUUAUCCAGCAAUAUCGGAUCAUACUUUAAAUGCUUUGGCCAAUGGAGCUCCAAAAGUUCUUAAAACUUUGCACAUAUCCAUCCGUGAUUCUGAUUCUCGACAACAUACUGUUACUGAUAGUUCUUGGAACAAUCUAGCACGUGCUUGCCCAAACUUAACAGUCGCUUAUACAAUAGUAAAUAUUUCACAUUAUGAGGACAUGUGCUACCUGUUGCUUCCUAGUGUUCCACUUGCUAAAUUUCAAUUAUUCAGUGGAUAUGUUUGGGACCAAAGUAGAUCUCGUAAUUUUCGAGGCACCGUUGGACUACUCAUUUCUCAUUAUACAAACACCUUAGCUGAAGUGAUGUUGCAACUUAAGAAUAAUCGGGAGUUAUUAGAUGAUCUACUUGUUUCUAUGCUUGUUCAGUGUAAAAAUUUAAUUAGAUUGCAAUAUGAUGGAAUUAUGAGGAGCCUUGAUACUUUACGUGAUAUUUGUCAUUUACAAGUGGAACGCAAAACUUAUUUUCGUACGAUUCACAUAAAGCCACGUAUCGUUAAUAUCAGGAAUCGUGCGAUAUUGGACGAUGUAAACUAUCAGUAUGUUCAUAAGAUGCUCGAGCAAGAAGUUGACUUUCGUAUAGAAGAUCCAGCUUCAUUUUUUAUGUAUUAUUAAUCAUACGUUGUCUCUGUAACGAUCCCCGAUCUAUUUAUCCACAUCUCUCUCGAUUUCUAACGUUAGAAAAUAAAGUACAGCCAAAUACCAUCUCAAUUUAGAUAAUUUAAUGAUAAAAAGAAUUGCCUAAAAAAAAUUUUAAUACAAUUUAUACAAAGAUCAUUUUUAUAUCCAAUAUAUAAAAUUUAUAUAAUUCUUCAUUUUUUUUUUUCAAUUUAUACAAAAUUAUGAAGAAAUUGUACCUUGCUUACCUUUUUGGUAUUAUAGUUUUAUCUUUGAGUAUAAUUAAUAUUUUAGUUUAAUUAGUACAAAUCAAUAUAUAUAUAUAUAUUUUACACAUACGAUGUAUAAAAAAAAACUUUAUAUUAAUAUGGACGUUGUUCGAUCGUUCGUUUCCACCUGGGAAGAACUUUUAUAUUAUCAUAUCAAAAUUAAUCGUACAAGUGUAAAUGUGGAUAUAAAAAUCGAUAGACAUGGAAGUGUAAAUCGAGGAGUCAAAUUUUCUUAUAUCACAACAAGAAUACAAAUUUUUAUCGACACGAUUUCAUGUGAGUAUUCAAAACCGUUCUAGUAACGAAACCUUUACCACACUGAGAACAUACAUAGGGCCUUUCACCCGUAUGAUAUCUUUUAUGAACGACAAGUGUGGAUCUUUGUGUAAAUGCUUUACCGCAUUGAUCGCAUGAAUAUUUUCUUUCUCCCGUAUGUGUGACAUUGUGAGUCCUUAAAAGAGUUUCACAAGCGAAACACUUGCCGCAAAUUUCACAAGUGUAUGGUUUCUCACCUGUGUGCGAUCUAUUAUGAAUUUCGAGACCUUUUGCUGUUUUUAAUUCCUUGCCACAAAGAGCGCAAAGAUAACGACGUCUCUCGUAAUUCGACGAAUCACCGUGAGCCUUCACUUUGUGCUGUUUCAACACGGAUUUGUAUUUAUAAAUUUUUCCACAAAUUUCACAUUUGUGUUCUGAACUUUGACGAUCCGAUUGCAGAAGAUUGUCAUCCGUUAUCACACUGCUGGGAUCAUAAUGGUACAAACGAUUGUGUUCUUUCAAGCUGAAAGAACGAUAACAAUAAAUUUACAACGCACUUUCUCUUGGAUUUAGAAGAAGUAACAGAUAUGUGUAAAAUAUUUUUUUUUAAAAAAUAAUUCAUCAUUUUUUAUUAAAGAAAUAAAUAUGAUACCUGUAAACGUCA